AUGAAGCCCAAUAAGAUAAAAUUUCCUAAGGAAAUUCCUUCUAUUAGCAAGGAAAAAGACAGUAAUACUCUUUUAGAGUCGUUCUAUGAAUUUUUUAAUAAUUAUCAAAAUAAUACUGAUAAAUCUUUAAAAAAAAUUGAUUACUUAAUAAUUUUCUUGGUUUUUUCAGCUUGUAUUCAGUUAUUAUAUUGUAUUCUUUCUGGAUCUUAUCCGUUUAACUCCUUUUUGUCAGGGUUUAUUAGUACAGUUGGACAAUUUGUACUUACAGUGAGUCUAAGAGGUCAAUUUAAUAUAAAAGAUGAAGAAAAUAAUGAAAAUAUUUCUCCAGAAAGAGCAUUUGGGGAUUUUGUUUUUAGUAGUCUUAUUCUUCACUUUUUUGUAAUUACAUUUCUUGGUUAG